AUGCAUCAAACGAACGCAACCGUUUCAUCCUCUAACGGUCCUUCCACAGACACCGCUGCUGCCUGUACGUCUUCAUAUUUGAAUGCCAAUCCCAACCAGCCUCAUCCAAGAGAAAGAACUGUGCUGUUGGCGACCGCCUUAGUCAAGGUACGCGAUUGCUCUGGUCAUUGGCAACCCGCUCGCUUGCUGUUUGAUUCUGGUUCGUAUGCUUCCUUCGUAACCGAGUCAUGUGUACAACGCUUGGGGUUACCGCGAAGAGGGUCCGCAAUAUUGAUUUCUGGAAUUGGUUCCUCCCAAGGGAUACGCUCUAGAGGUGAAGUAUUACUUUCAUUAUCAUCUCAUUUUUCAGCCCAAUGCUUUACUGUUGACGCAUUGAUUCUGCCUAAAAUCACAAGUGAUUUGCCAACACAGCCCUUGAAGGUGUCGGCGUUGCCGCACAUACAAGAUCUACUUUUAGCCGAUCAGCACUUCAUGAAACCCGGGCGUAUCGAUAUCUUAUUCGGAAUGGACGUCAUGGGACAGCUCCUCUGCUCGGAGAUUCGUAAGGGACCACCCGGUAUGCCCAUGGCUCAACGAACGGUUUUCGGUUGGACGUUGUUUGGAAAUGUCGAUGGAUCCGAAUCCACUUCGCUCGGCUUACAGUCUCUGCAUUGUAAAGUUCAUUUAGAUCGAGCGCUCACUAGACUUUGGGAGUUAGAAGAAGCACCGAAAAAGGCCCACCUCCCCUACGAAGAACGCUAUUGUGAAGAGCUUUUCGAAAAAACGCACAGAAGGUCACCUGACGGUCGAUUUAUAGUAGAGCUGCCGCUGAAAUCUGACGUACCCUUGGGAGCAUCACGAAGUUAUGCUGUUCGAAGUCUACUAAGCAUCGAAAAAAGACUUGCGCGAGAUGACGUUAUUCCAGACUGCAUCGCAGCACAGUGGCGACAACAUCGCUCGGAAUUACCACUGCUAUCAAGUUUAAAGAUAAGUCGCUGGUUUGGCUCGGGAGCAGGUGAGUCGUUCACUUUCGCUGACGCUUCCGAACGCGCUUACGCUGCCGUAAUGUACGCGCGCACAUAA